AAACUCAGAGUAGUAGUCUUGUAAAUUUCAGUUUACUCCUAAAGCAAAAUCAAGAAACCACUACGAACUCUCUCAAUUUCCUUUCUUUAAUUUUUUUCUUUGCAAGCAAACAGAAUUAAAAUGUAUACUGAUAACAAGCCAUUAAUGUCUGUUGAGACACCCAAAUUCAAGAAAUGGUUAGCGAAGGAAUUUCAAUCUGAAAAAUCAUUCAUAGAGAAACUUGUUGAUGAGAAACUUCCUUCCAAUAUUGGUGAUGUGGAGGACGGUGAGUGGAAUAAUGGCGUAAAAGCCGACGAAGGAGCUGGUGGUAGCAUCAUCAGAUCUGCUAUAGCUGCCGGAGUUCCCAUUCUUCCCGCUGUGGAAAUGAUUGUUAUAGCAGAUUUGAAUCAAGGAGUGCAUGGAGGAGAAGAAGAAGAAGCAGCAGCAGACGAACAAGGAGCGGAUGGGGGAGAAGAAGAAGAAGAAGAAGCAGCAGAUGAGCAAGGUUAUAAUGGUGAUGAUGACGGUGAGGAUGAGGAGGACGGUGAUGGGGACGGGGACGGUGACGGUAACGCUGCCGUUAAUGGUUACUGUUGUGGUACUGAUUUUUACUAUGCGUUACCGGUGAUGGCUGUGGCAGCAAUAUUAACAGUGGUCUUUGCGACAUUCAUGAUUAAAUACGGAAUGCAGCACAGGAAAGAUGAUAAUUGAGAUGGUGAAUUAAUGCUAAUUCGGCGACGUUUUUGGAAGAAGAAUAUGUGGAAUUACGGCAUAAUAUUCAAUACAUUUUGCGGUUGUUAGUUGCUAUUUUCAAAUCCCUGUAACAAAAUUAGAAUUUCUAAGAACAUGCAGAGUGUUUUUUCUCUAAGCGUGCCAACGUAAUUAGCAAUUCUAUUCGUUGUAAUAUAGUGAAACUUUUGAGGCUUCUCGGAAUUCAAG